CAAUCUGAGGACCAGGGAAAUUGCUACUCCCAUACUAUUUUCCAUCCUGGCUUCUAUUCUAGCCGCGUUCCCUGUAUUCAUCACUUCAAAUUUACAAACGGAGGCCACCAUGUCCAUCGGCUCCUCUGGAGAGUGGAAUGCUACAGACCACCUGAGGAACAGGGCCAGAGCGUCUCAGCCCUCAGUAGCUCCAAGACCAAAGAUGAUUCUGAGACCCCCAAGCGUACCACCCCCCUGUUCAAGGUGAAGCCACAGAUAAUGGACCUGCAGCCAGGCGAGUCUGUGGACAUGGUGCUGCGAGGCUUCUCCCACAUCCCACAGGAGGUGCAGGAGUAUGCGGAGUGUGAAGCUGGCAUUGCAGCAAGCACCAUGACGCAGAAGAUAAUAAAAACAAUCAUUACCUGUGAGUUUAUUGAUCCCUCUAUAGAAGUAUCAGCCAGAAAAUUCUCCUUCCGGGUGGAGAAG